AGGAGAACGGACGGCAGUAACAGCAGUGGCGUGACUCUGGAUGGCGUUUGUGGGAGCUAGUGCGGCGCAAUGAGUGAGAGCCGGAGCCGAAACCGAAGCCGGAGUCGGAGCCGGGCUCGCGUCGGGAGAGGCAGUCACCGAGGUGUUCCUCCGCCACCGAGCCAGGGAGAGGAGGACAGUCACCGAGGUGCCGGGUCAGUGGGCGAUCAUAUCGCCUCCCCGACGCGCGCGCACCGUGGGAGAAUUCCAUGUGAAGCGGCCGACACUCGGGCUUGUCCAGUCCCGGGCGAGAUGUGGACACCGACGGAGGAGGAGAAAUUUGGCGUCGUGAUAUGCAGUUUCCGAGGUUCAGUGCCUCAGGCGCUUGUGCUAGAAAUUGGAGAAACAGUUCAGAUCUUGGAAAAGUGUGAAGGAUGGUUCAGAGGGUUUGCAACCAAAAAGCCUACAGUCAAAGGUCUCUUUCCUGCAAGCUAUAUCCACCUGAAGGCAGCAGUUGUUAGUAACCGGGGCCAGUUUGAGACUGUAGUUCCAGUGGAAGAUCCCAUUGUUACUGAGGUCACAGCCACAUUACAAGAAUGGAUAAUGCUCUGGAAACAGCUGUAUGUGCACUUGUCCAGUAGACACAGCAUACAGCAAAGUACUACACAGACGGAUACUAUGAGGCAUCGACAUGGUGAUACAUGCCGCAUCCCCAUACCCCACCAUCUCUUGCUAAGUAUGAAAAGCUUUACCUACCACACUGUUGGAGAAGAUACAGACAUCUUCUUUUCUCUUUACGACAUGCGAGAGGGUAAACAGAUCAGGACGGGCUGGUGCACAAUAAACAAGAGAAGUCAUGGAAUGGAUCUCAGUAACAAGGAUCUGAAGCGAGAUCUCUACAUAGUUGUUCAUGUGAUACGAAUAGGUCGGAUGUUAUUGAAUGAUUCAAAGAAAGGCCCUCCUCAUGUGCAGUAUCGUCGCCCGUACGGUUGUGCAGUACUGAGUAUGAUGGACGCUCUAACGUCGAUUGCUGAACUUCGUGAGGAAAAGGAUUUUAUGUUGAAAGUUUACACGUGCAAUAAUGAAAAUGAAUGGUAUCAAAUCCAUGAAAAUAUAAUUCGCAAAUCCAGCAACAAGUACACAGCAGCCAGCACAAAUUAUGGUGACAUCAGAAACGAUUUGUAUCUCACAUUGGAGCGAGGAGAUUUUGAGAGAGGUGGAAAGAGUGUCCAGAAAAACAUAGAAAUAACGGUUUACGUCCUUUAUGCAGAUGGAGAGACACUCAAGGAUUGCAUUAGUCUUGGCUCUGGAGAACCUGCUGCAAGUGAACAUUGCUCUUUCGUGAUGUACCACAACAACAGUCCACGCUGGGGCGAGAUCGUGAAACUGCCCAUCCCUGUUGACAAGUUUAGAGGCUCACACCUUCGAUUUGAGUUCAGGCAUUGUUCCACAAAAGAUAAAGGUGAAAAGAAGCUAUUCGGUUUUGCAUUUACACCACUGAUGCGUGACGAUGGUACAACACUCUCGGAUGAUAUUCAUGAACUAUACGUCUACAAGUGUGAUGAAAAUAGCACUUUCAGUAACCAUGGUCUCUACCUGGGUCUUCCCUGCUGUAAAGACGACUUCAAUGGCUGUCCCAACAUUCCCUCCAGUCUCAUUUUUCAACGAAGUACCAAGGAGUUCUUUUGGAUCUCAACCUUACUCUCAUCUACUAAACUGACGCAGAAUGUUGACCUCCUUGCCCUUUUGAAAUGGAAAGCUCAGCCAGAAAGAGUGAUGGAUAUCCUGGGGAGACUGCGUCAUGUCAGCGGUGAAGAAAUAGUUAAAUUUUUACAGGAUAUUUUAGAUACGCUGUUUACAAUUUUAGAUGACAACACAGAGAAAUAUGGGCUGCUUGUAUUUCAAUCCUUGGUAUUCGUAAUAAAUUUGCUGCGGGACAGCAAGUAUUUUCAUUUCCGUCCGGUGAUGGAUACCUACAUUCAGAAGCACUUCUCUGGUGCAUUGGCAUACAAGGAGCUAAUCCGAUGUCUGAAGUGGUACAUGGAUCGAUCUGCGGAAGUUGUAAGGCAAGAUCACAUUCAAGAGGCAAUGAGGGCCUUGGAAUAUUUGUUCAAGUUUAUUGUGCAGUCACGGAUCUUGUAUUCAAGAGCAACAGGUGGGAUAGAAGAAGAACAGUUUCGUGCCAGUGUUCAAGAGCUCUUUCAGUCCAUUCGCUUUGUCUUGAGUUUGGAUAGCAGAAGUUCUGAGACUCUCAUCUUCACACAGGCUGCCCUUCUCAAUUCCUUCCCAGCAAUCUUCGAUGAGCUGCUGCAGAUGUUUACUGUGCAAGAGGUGGCAGAGUUUGUGAGGGGGACACUGGGCAGCAUGCCCAGCACAGUGCACAUUGGUCAAUCUAUGGAUGUAGUCAAGCUGCAAUCCAUCGCACGGACAGUAGACAGUCGUCUCUUUUCAUAUUCAGACUCACGGCGGAUCCUGCUACCCGUUGUUCUCCAUCACAUUCAUUUGCACCUGCGGCAGCAGAAGGAGUUGCUCAUCUGCUCUGGAAUCCUCAGCAGCAUCUUUUCUAUCAUGAAGUCAAGCUCUCUGGAGUGCUCAGUGUCAGAAGAGGUGGAGAUGAUGGUUGAGAGCCUUCUUGACGUCUUGCUACAGACUCUGCUUGCUAUUAUGAAUAAGUCCCAGAUGGCGGAGGCGGUAAGAGGACAGCGUUGCCCACAGUGCACGGCAGAGAUAACUGGGGAGUAUGUAACCUGUCUACUGUCCCUACUUCGGCAAAUGGCAGAUAACCACUAUCAACAAUUGCUUGAUAAUUUCCAGAGCAAGGAGGAGCUCAAGGAUUUCUUAUUAAAAAUAUUCUGUGUGUUCCGAAAUUUAAUGAAGCUGAGUGUCUACCCACGUGACUGGAUGGUGAUGAGACUUCUAACCAGCAACAUAAUUGUUACAACAGUUCAAUACCUUUCUCCUGCAUUACACAAGAACUUCACAGAAGCAGAUUUUGAUUUCAAGGUGUGGAAUUCGUAUUUUAGUUUGGCUGUCCUAUUUAUAAAUCAGCCAAGUCUUCAACUAGAACAUGCCACACCUGCCAAAAGGAAGAAGAUUUUGGAUAGAUAUGGUGAUAUGAGAGUGAUGAUGGCCUAUGAACUCUUCAGCAUGUGGCAGAAUCUGGGUGAAAAUAAGAUUCACUUUAUCCCAGGAAUGAUUGGCCCCUUCCUGGGUGUCACACUGGUGCCACAAGCUGAGGUACGGAAUGUAAUGAUCCCAAUCUUUCACGACAUGAUGGACUGGGAGCAGCGAAAGAAUGGCAAUUUCAAGCAGGUAGAAGCAGAGCUCAUCGAUAAAUUGGACAGUCUGGUAUCCGAUGGAAAAGGAGAUGAAAAUUACCGUGAACUCUUCAGUCUCCUUUUAUUAGAGAAGAUUGAACAAGAAACAUGGAGAGAAACUGGUGUUUCUUUCGUAUUGUCAGUAACUCGCCUCAUGGAGAGACUGCUGGACUACAGGGAUUGUAUGAAAGGGGAUGAAACUGAAAAUAAGAAGAUUGGUUGUACUGUUAAUUUGUUGAAUUUUUAUAAAUCUGAGAUUAACAAGGAGGAAAUGUAUAUCCGUUACAUCCAUAAACUGUGUGACAUGCAUCUGCAGGCUGAUAAUUAUACAGAGGCAGCAUUUACACUAAUGCUGUACUGGGAACUGCUGCACUGGGAGGACAGAACCUUGCGAGAGUUCCUGCACUACCCAGCACAAACGGAGUGGCAGCGUAAAGAAGGACUAUGCCGACAAGUUAUCAACUACUUCAACAAGGGCAAGUGCUGGGAGUAUGGAAUUCCACUCUGUCGGGAGCUGGCCAGUCAAUACGAGGCCCUCUAUGAUUACCACAGUCUCAGCUGGAUCCGGAAAAUGGAAGCCGCAUAUUACGACAACAUAUUGGAGCAUCAGCGUCUGGAACCAGAAUUCUUUAGGGUUGGGUUUUACGGUAGGAAGUUUCCAUUUUACCUACGUAAUAAGGAGUUUGUGUGUCGUGGUCAUGAUUAUGAAAGGCUGGAGGCCUUUCAGCAGAGGAUGCUGACUGAAUUUCCACAAGCUAUUGCCAUGCAGCAUCUCAAUCAGCCAGAUGAAACCAUCCUGCAGUCUGACGCACAGUAUCUGCAAAUUUAUGCAGUGUGCCCAAUUCCAGAGAAUGUAGAAGUUCUCCAGAUGGAGAGAGUUCCAGACCGUAUCAAGAGCUUUUACCGCGUAAACAAUAUCAGCCGCUUUCGAUAUGAUAGACCCUUUCAUAAAGGUUCAAAGGACAAGGAGAAUGAGUUCAAGAGUCUUUGGAUUGAACGUACUACCCUGACCCUUACACACAAUUUGCCUGGAAUUUCCCGCUGGUUUGAAGUGGAGAAGAGAGAGGUGUUGGAAGUGAGCCCCUUAGAAAAUGCUAUCUAUGUUGUGGAAAACAAAAACCAGGAGCUGCGGACUCUCAUCAGUCAAUACCAGCACAGGCAGCUGCACGCCAACAUUAAUCUUCUCAGCAUGUGUCUUAAUGGAGUGAUAGAUGCUGCUGUCAAUGGAGGAAUAGCCAGAUACCAAGAGGAUCUUCCUGGAAUGGACAAGAUCAGUCCUGCUUGCUCUGGUUCCAGCACUCCACGUGGCAGUCUCAUGUCCAGUCAUAAUCCCAUGAGUCCAGAGGCUAUAAAGCUUGUGCAUAGACACAGCCCAUUGAACUUGCUUGGCUCCAAUAGACAUUCCUCAUCUUCACUAUCCUCACAGACAUCCAGUGAGGUUGGAAACCUUGUCAUCCUCACAGAUGGUCUUGUUGGAGAAACCCCUGAUGACCCAUUCCGCAUGCAGGCAAGUCCAUCCACCUCCAGCCUGAGUUCCACACACUCUGCACCCUCACAGAUGAUCAACUCAGCCCCGUCUAGUGCUCGAGGUUCCCCAUCAUUGUCCGAUAAAUACCGUCAUUCACGGGAGGUUAUGAUGUUGCUGCCUCCUCACAGGGACAGGCCAAGUAGUGCCCUGUAUCCAACCAUGAUGGAAAAUGGACCGCCUUCUAGUUUCCAGCGGGCCCUGAUUCAACAGGUGGUUGGACCUUGCAAACCAUGCAGUGACCCUAAUCUCUCUGUCGCUGAAAAGGCGGUGCCAGCAGCUCCCAGUAGCUGGAGUUUAGACAGUGGAACCAGGGACACAAUACCAUUCCUCACAGCACAUGUGGGCACGAUUAUGGCACCCCCAGUACCACCUCGAUCAUUGCCACCUGGUCAUUUUACUAUGAAUUUUGAUCCCUUCCAUCAUCAGAUCAGUGAUAUACCACCUGCCUUGCCUGCACGAACCCUACGCAAAUCUUCGCUACACCCAAUUCCUGCAUCACCUACAAGCCCCCACUCAGGUCUUGAUGGCAGUAACUCCACUCUGUCUGGCAGCGCAAGCAGCGGGGUGUCCUCUCUGAGUGAAAGCAACUUUGGCCAGUCAACGGAGCCACCACGUACAGACACAACAGAUUCCAGUCAGACCUGGAACCCAGAGGAGGAUGGGGAAGCCCCUUACAUACCAGUAAGGUACAGCCUAUCUGAACCAGAUGUCAUUGAAUCAGUGAAAGCUCACCCAUGCCGUAGUCACUCUGCUCCCACUGGAGUCAUUCCAAAGGAGUCCACAGAGAUACCAGCUUUGCCCCCCAAACCAUAUUAUCCCAGACCAACAUACAAAGACAAUGAAGAAACACCUGAAGAAGAGAGCAGGCCAAAGGCUUUCACACGCAAACUCUCUCAGUCUGGUCACAGUGGCAAAGAAGAGCAGGCCAAGGUACCAUGGGAACAUGGCAUCAAUCAAGACUAGGCCACAAAAAGGGCUCAAAAUUAAGGUGUUCACUGGUUCAUCCUACGGGUGUCAGCCACCUCUGUUUAUUGUAAACGGAUUACAUUUCUUUGAGAAACUAUUUACUUUGGACUAAUACUUUGUUUCAGUGAGAAGAAAGGCAUGUUUAUUUACAGCCUAGCUGCUCUCUGAUUGCAUUUGCAGUUGGAGGUCCCCAUAUGGUGCACUGUUCUGAAAAGGCCUCAACCCUUCAGGUUCAAAACUUUCUGUUGCAAUCACACACUUCACUUUGAUUACUCGCAAAGUAUAGAAUGAAUGAGGCAUCUGAUGAUUGAGAGAGUUGUGAACCCUUAAGAAUAUUAGUGAUUUCAUUAAAAUCAUGUGUCUCCUCUUUUUUUCCUUUCUCGAUAUUCUGGUCAAAGCAUUUGAUAUACCUCCUUACCAGGUCUUCCACUGACUUUUCACCUUUACUAAGAAUCAUGGGUUAAAAUGUCACUGAGGUAUCAUACAUCCUGAGUAUCAUACAUCAGACAGAAGUGUACCAAACCAAUGUCAGGAAUGUACAUCCAAUACUGAAGUAGCAUACAAUAGCCCCUCCUCUGUUCAGGUAGGAUACAUCUAAAGUCAGCAUUGAAUUUUCUUUGGGCUUAAGAUUUUAGUGCUGAAAAACUUCAGGUUAAAUCUUUAUUAAUAAUAUGGGUCCAGUUAAUUCACAAAAUGAAAAAGUUGACCAUUGUUUAAUUUUUGGGCUUUUUUUUGGACUCAGCUAAAUUCUGAUGGAAUGGAUUAGUGUGAUUUUAAAAUGUCAAUAGCAGCAUCUACCAUACCAAACGUAUUCAUUUUUGAAGUGACAACUGUAGAGAAAUGACUUGCUCACUGAAACUCAGUCUGGAUUUUGCCAGGUCCAUUCAACUCCUGACUUCAUUACAGUCUUGGUCCAAACAUGGACAAAACAGGUGAACUAAAAAGUAAAGAGACUGCCCUUAACAUAAAGGCAGCACUUAAUAAGUGUGGCAUUAAGAAGCCUUAACAAAACAGGAGUCAGUGGGAAAACUCUCCAUUGAUUGGAAUCAUACCUAACACAAAGGAAGUGACUGUGGUUAUUAUGGGCCACCCUCUCAAUCCCAAAACAUCGCUACAGGAGUUUCUCAGUAUAGUUCUCAGCCUAACCAUCAAUAUACAGCUGCUUUAUCAAUGACUAAUGUCAGAACCUGGGAUGUUUACAACUCCAUAGGAACCAGAAUACUGUGCACAGAAAGAUCUGACAGUAUCCACUCCUGGGCCAACAAUUAGCAAUUAACAUUUACAUUAGACAAGUGCCAGAUAAUGGCCAUCUCCAACGAGAGAAAAUCUAACCAUCACUCCUUUACAAUUCAAUUGCAUUACCAUCAUUGAAUCUCUCUAUCUGGGAGUUACCAUUGACCAUAAACUAAACUGAACUAGCCAAAAAUUGUGGCUGCAAAAGCAGUUCAGAGGCCAGGUAUCCUAUAGCAGGUAACUCACCUUUAGACUCCCCAGAGUUUUCCACCAUCUACAAAGCACAAAUAAGGAGUGUGAUGGAACAUUCUUCACUUACC